AUGCUUGAUUCAACCAAGGAAACUUUAUUAUAUUACACUUUGCAAUGUUAUUUGAAUAAUGGUAAAUCAUUUUGGACUAAUGAAAUGAUAAAUGCCAUUCAAAACAAACUUAUUUACAAUUAUAAUACAGCAAUAAUUUUCUUUUCAUCCGGAACAACCGGUUUGCCAAAAGGAAUCCGUUUAAGUCAUCGAACACUUAUUGCUAAUGUUGAAUUAGUCCGCAAAGCUCAAGGAAUCAAAUGCGCAGAAUAUGAAAUGGUUAGUCUGAGCGGUACUGACGUGGUGUACGGUGUGCUACCGUACUUUCAUGCAGGUGGUCUGCUUACUGUUUUGAGCCUUUUAGGAUUAGGUGUUCAAAUAAUUAUAAAUCGAAAAUUUGACGCUGAACAAUUUUUGGGAAUACUAAGUAAUUAUCAGGUGACAACAGCUUUAUUAGUACCACCGGUACUAAAAUUUCUUGCGGACACACCCAAUUUAAAUCCUGAAGAGUUACAUUCUCUAAAAUACAUUUUCGUAGGAUCUGCUCAUGUUAAUGAGUCACUGGUCGAAAUGGUAAAAUAUCGCUUAUCUGAAACGAAUAUUACUCAGUUAUAUGGUACAACAGAAGCUGGUGCUUUCGUUUUCAUGCAACCGUUAUUUGGCGAGAAAAAAAUUGGAAGUUGCGGAAUUUUAUUACCAAAUGUUGAAUGCAAAAUUGUAAAAUUAUCAAGUAAUGAAGAAUGUGAAGAAAAAGAAAUCGGUGAAAUAUGGUUAAAGACAUCAACAAUGAUGCAAGGAUAUCUCGAAAGAACCACCGAUACAAACGAUGCUUUUAUUGAUGGUUGGUAUCGAACAGGUGAUUUGGGAUAUUAUGAUUUCGAUCAAUUUAUUUAUGUAACUGGUCGUAUUAAAGAAAUGAUCAAAGUUCGCGGUUGGCAGGUAUCACCAUAUGAAAUUGAGGAAAAAAUUCAAGAAUUAGAAGAUGUUGAAUUAUGCGCUGUAGUUGGCAUUCCUGACGAGUACAGUGGACAAUUACCGAAAGCUUACAUUCAACUUCAUGAUGGAUGUCAACCAGAUGAAAAUAAAAUUCAUCGAUUAGUAAAUUCUAAAUUUGCGAGUUAUAAACAACUCAAAGGUGGUAUUCAGUUUAUUAAUAAUAUGCCAGUUAAUAGUGCUGGAAAGAUAUUACGAAAAGAAUUGCUGAAAAUGGAUCAGACAGAAGAUAAUUUAAUUGAAUUAAAAUAA